AAAAUGUAAUCCUUCUUCGCGGCUCCGAUCGCUCCACGUGGUUCAGAGAACCACGUGGACUUCCUACGUGGCAUACGCUGUGUCCUCGGAAAUGAUACGCCCCAAACCCUCCCGGCAUAGAAAAGAGAGAGAGAGAGAGAGAGAGAGACAGAGAUUGAAAAUUUGAAGCCUUCACAAUGAAUGGAAGUGUAAGAGAAGAGUGUCAGGAUAUGGAGGAAUGUAAAGAAGCGAUGGUGUAUAUGUGGGGAUAUAUACCGGGAGCUUCGCCGGAGAAAUCUCCGAUACUUUCUCCGGUUCUGGUUCGGCUUCCAGAAGGCGGUGUAGAAGCGUGGAAGGAUGUUUGUGGUGGUGGUUGUGGAUUCUCAAUGGCCAUCUCUGAGACGGGGAAGCUCAUAACGUGGGGCUCGGUAAAUGAUGAAGUUCAAAGCUAUUUGACUUCAGGGAAGCAUGGGGAAACUCCAGAGCCUUUUCCUCUCCCCACUGAGGCUGCUGUGGUGAAGGCAGCUGCUGGUUGGGCCCAUUGUGCUUCAGUCACAGAGACAGGUGGCGUAUACACUUGGGGCUGGAAGGAGUGUGUUCCAUCUGAAACAAUUGUGCAUGAUUUGGUUAUUGGGGGAAGUUUACAAAAGGAUACUACUGGGAAACAAAAUUCACAACUAAAUGACCAAUGUGAUUUCUUUUACUUGUACUGUAACAAAACAAACAUGAGUGCAAAGGAUCAACACUCAAAUAUGAUUGGUGGCGCAAUAUCUCAUGUUGGUAAGAAACAGAAGGGAGAGGAAAUUGGGAAGCGGAGGAAAAUAUCACUAGCCAAGCAAGAAUCUGAUAGCUCUGGGGAUGAUUUUUUCACAGCAUCGCCAUGUCUGGUAAAUUUGGGUGUUGGAGUCAGGAUCAUCACUGUUGCUGCUGGUGGGCGCCACACAUUAGCACUGUCAGAUGUGGGACAGGUGUGGGGUUGGGGCUAUGGAGGCGACGGGCAGCUAGGUUUGGGCAUUCGGGUAAAGACGGUGGCUACUCCUCACAUCAUACAAUGUAUCGAGCAGUCUGCUUCAGGGAAAGAAAGCAUGAGCUCAUCAACAGAGGUUUCUAAGGUUCUUGGAAGCCACGUGAAAGGAAUUGCUUGUGGAGGUCGGCAUAGUGCAGUGAUAACAGAUGCUGGGAAACUACUUACAUUUGGCUGGGGGCUUCAUGGACAGUGUGGGCAAGGAAGUACAGAUGACCAGCUCAGGCCAACUUAUGUUUCUUCUUUAUCGGGUACCCAAGUGGAAAGAGUUGCUGCUGGACUCUGGCAUACCAUAUGUAUAUCUGCCGACGGACGUGGAUAUGCCUUCGGUGGGAAUCAGUUUGGACAGUUGGGUACUGAAGGUGACCAGGAUGAGAGUCUACCUAAGCUAUUGGAAGCUCCAAGUCUCAAGAGUAAGCAUGCCAAAAUAGUAUCUUGUGGCGCACGACACACUGCUUUACUAACAGACGACGGCCAACUAUUCAGCUGGGGAUGGAACAAAUACGGCCAGCUCGGCCUUGGCGACUCCGUAGAUCGAAACACUCCUUUCCAAGUUUCAAUCAAUGGUUAUAGGCCCAAAAAUGUCGCAUGUGGCUGGUGGCACACACUUCUGCUGGCUGAAAGAUCCCUUUAAGUUUCAAAAUUGUAAACUGAGGACAAAUGGUUGACAGUUUUGUUUGGAUGGUUCUCAC